AUGGUGAACAAACGGAGAUUGAGAGACUGCUUAGUCAUAACGUAUUUGGAACAAGUUAUCAGCCCGGUUUCUCAAGUUGCAGAAGCCGAGAUCAUGUCCGAUGGCGACCUCGCCGAACAACGAGCCAGUUUGAUAGAGCAGAAGAAACGGGAGCUGGACGAGGUGCACGACAAGCAUGAUUCCUUGCUCCGAGAGCUCUUUCAUUUGCAGAAGUUUGUAACUUUAAUUGGGUUCGACCCAGAUGUUGCAAAACAGGAAAGAUCAGAAGUCUGGGAGGAGUUCAGAGCGCCAUACGACCUUUGGGAUCAUUCCGCCUCUGGACCGUCAUCUCGACGAACACGCCGAGCCAUUAACGAGCGACGGGAGUCUAUGACUACAUCAACAUCUCAAACAUCGACUGCUUCCCAGAAUCAUGAAUCUCCAGGUGCCCAACGAUCAUCAAGAAACCUACCAAUGCCUAGCCUUACGACUAUAUCAACCUCGGGUCCAACCAAGUCGUAUAAAGCAAAAGUCGUUAAAAAUCCGUCGUUCCCGCCCCCUGUUGCCUCUCGCAAGCGGCCACUGAGGGAAAAGGGCCAUGGAGCAGGCCAGGAUGAUCUAGACGUUUCAAGAGCGUCCUUACCAACAACUCCUAACAUAAUAGAUCAAGGCGCGCCGGAUUGGUCUGUGUCUUUCUCGCCAAAAAAGCGGAGGCAGAAACGGAAGGAGAAGGGAGCUUCGGCGGUGCUAGAUUCCACUGCAUUAUUUGCAUCUACCUCGGCAGACCAACAUUCACCACCAUCGAUCCCUCAAUCUUCUCCGGCUUCAUCUCCUGGAGGAACACCAUUACCCAAACGUAUUCGACUAAUUGUGAAACCCGCUCCCCCACCUGUUCUUGCUACACAUCCCCACCAACUUCCCCGCCCCUCCGUAUUUGGCGGUUCGCUCCCGAAAUUGCUCUCAUCCUUUGCCCUACUCGAGGAGAGCAACGAGAACGAUUUUGUCGAGAGGAGGAAUGGUGUGGACCCGGGUAUUCGACAGCCCGGUGAUAUAACACCUGGUGAUAAGCUCGAGCAUUCCAAACUUGGUAUUUCGUGGGACGAGUUCGACAAGAGUGUCAAAGCGGAGGUAGAAAUAUGGAAAAGGAUAAGGGAGGUGCGGGCUCGUGGGGGAUUGACAUGUAUGCGAGGAUGGGAAAUUGUUCGAGGAGAAGAAGAGGAGGUUGAGGAGGAAGAGGAGGAAGAGGAAAAAGAAGAACAAGAGGGAGAGGUGGAAGUGGGUAGAGACGAAGGAAAUGGUGAUGGGUCGGAAGGGAAGGGUGGAGGCCAAGCGCAGGUCGACGAUUCGACAAGGGAGCCCACAGGCCCCGGGCGGGACCUUGUGAAGGAAGAAAUCCUAUCCAAUGGGGUUGCUAGCCCAUUGACCGGAGAUCAAGCGAGCUUGGGGCCCGCUUUGGCUGGGGAGACAGUUGGUGCCUCCACCAUCAUUGAACCCGAACUUUCAAGCACAUUGGUUCGCGACACUCUCGCCGAGGAUCGCGAGAAGAACGAUCGAACUCACACCCCUGAUUAUAUUCUUCCCGGUCUUUCUGGAUACGCCUCGCCCAUUUCUGAAACAAGUUCUCCCCCUGCCGUAGCCAUCGAUGAACACAUCGCAGCAAUACCCAAAGCUCCUUUACGCGCUAGUGCUCCCCCAAUUCACGACAUUAUGGAUACCGAAUCUACCAAGUCGGUAAACCUGGGAUACGGCGCAAUGGACCCAGAAAUUGAGACUCGCACUCCACAAUCUAUUAAUCCUGCCACCACCGCGCCCAUUUCAUCAAAUACCACUCGUAAUCCUAGCCGUUCAAGUACACCAAAUGCUACCCUCUCACUCCCUCUUCCGAACCUCUCUUUCCUUCCUCAGUCCCACUACGAGAUUCUCCUCAACGCUAUCCCAGCUCACGCACGGCGGGUUAAAGCUACUCAAGCGCACCGACAUCGAUCCGCAACACUCAUUUCGCGAUACUGGGAGCGCCUUCAAGGGGCAGCGGAGAGACUGGCAGCAGCUGAAGAGAGGCGUUUGAGGACCGGUGCCAGGGCAUUAGCAAGGGGCGUAGUAGCCAAAGCUUGGAAAGAUGCAGUUGCUGUUAUCCGGGCUCGCCUGCGCGAAAAAGAAGAAGCAGAACAAGCACGCGAAGGACGAAAGCAUCUCGAUGCAAUUUUAGAACAGAGCAGCGCGCUUUUGGAGACACAACAGCAAGAUCUAGGCUUGACUCGCCGGCCUGGAGGACGCUCAAAAAGUUUAUCGAGUGGGAGGUCGUAUUCACGCUCCAGUCGAGUUGCCGAGGAAGAGGAAGAGGAAGAGGAAGACAGGGAGGAAAGUGAAGCUUCGAGCGAUACCAAGAGCGAGGAGGGGGUAGAUGAGGGCGAUGAGAGUGAUGCGUCAUUUGAUUCGGUACCGAGACUCGGUGGAUAUGAACGAGAGCCCAUGGACCAAGCGAACAACGACCCUGACGUCGACGUGGUGGAUUAUACCGACCUUUCAUCUCUCACAACCGAUCCUGCGACUGUCCGAGUCAAAAUCAACCCUGACGAAACGAUCCUUUUAAGCGAGGUUUUCGACUCUGCGCUUGAUCAGGAUGGUGACACAUCUGCUGUCGAACGGGAUCGUCUUUGUUAUGUAGCUUCAGAUGACACUCCGACUGUCCAAAGCGUUGAUAUGAGGGAACAGGUUCCUGAGGCCGUUGAUAGGCAACAAUCUACUGCAUCUCUUGGUCACACUGGCUCGACUAACGGGAACCAUGUAUGCGAUGGUACUUCUGAAUCCUCUACUCGUCACUCUACUUCUGCGAUUCAAACAGACUCCCCACCGAUUACUCCUAUAGCACAUGCGGUGCGUAAGCUUACACUCAAGCUCAAAUCACCCGAAGCAGCACUCGGGGAGUCGCGGCGCACUUCUCGGCGUGUUCCGAAGGCGGUUCUAUACGAACCGAGCAGCGAGGUAGAUGGGUUAGCCAAGGAUGCAGAGAUACCUCUGGAGGAGAUAAUGAGGCGGUAUGGAUUUGUUGGUAUCAACGAAGCUGAAGCGGAGCAAAGCCGCACUCGUGAGCCGGAUAGUGACGAUGAGAGUGAAAGUCAAGACGAAGGCAGCCAGGGAGACGAGAGCAUUCAUACUAUUGGGCUUUUUGGACCGAAAAAUGUACAAGCACCUCAAGAUAGUGGAGUCCGACCACCGUUUCUGUUACGCGGCAACCUGAGGCCCUAUCAGCAAUCUGGACUUGAGUGGCUCGUCAGUGGAUACAUCCGGGGUAAUAAUGGUAUUUUAGCGGAUGAAAUGGGCCUUGGCAAGACUAUCCAAACAAUUGCACUUUUGGCUCACUUGGCUUGCGACAGAGGCGUCUGGGGUCCUCAUUUGAUCAUUGUGCCAACUAGCGUGAUCCUUAAUUGGGAAAUGGAGUUCAAAAAGUUUCUGCCUGGAUUCAAAGUACUCAGCUACUACGGGUCUAUCAGGGAACGCAAAGAAAAAAGAAUAGGAUGGAACACCGAACAUUCAUUCAACGUCGUUGUUACCUCCUAUCAACUUGUUCUUGCUGACCAGGCAAUAUUCAGACGUAAAAGGUGGCAUUACAUGAUUCUCGACGAAGCUCACAACAUCAAAAACUUCAAAUCCCAACGCUGGGCCACACUGUUUAGCUUCAAUUCAGAACGACGCCUGCUUCUCACUGGGACUCCUCUCCAGAACAACAUCACCGAACUGUGGUCUUUAUUGUAUUUUGUGCAGCCCGAGACAGCGAACAAACAACAAUUCGAGGAAUGGUUUUUAGAAACGAUGCGUCAUGCUGUAGAGAGCGGGGAGACAUUGGACGAGCAGACCCGAGACACGAUCGAUAAACUACACACCGUACUUCGCCCAUACAUUCUUCGUCGCCUCAAAUGUGAUGUUGAGCAGCAGCUCCCAGCUAAACACGAACAUAUUGUCUACUGUCGACUAUCUAAACGCCAACGAUAUCUGUACGACGAGUUUAUGUCACGCGCUCAAACCAAAGAAACUCUCGCCGGCGGAAACUUUCUUAGUAUCGUAAACUGUCUUAUGCAGCUACGUAAAGUCUGCAACCACCCGGAUCUAUUUGAGGUUCGGCCUAUCCUUACAUCGUUUGCAAUACCCGUUGGUCAAUCUGCUGUUGCCGACUACGAAAUCAAGGAGCUACUUGUGCGCAGGCGAUUACUGAAACAGUUCGACGAUGAUGGAUUCAGCCUUUACAAUCACUCAUUUGACCUCAUGGCCAACGCUACUGAAUCCUCUAUAGUUGCCGAACAGAGAGCUACGCUUACCCCAUCUCAGCUCUUCCCUGCUCUGGAUACCCCUGGAGAGCCACCUCCAAAGGAUCUUCGUACCAUUUGCGGCAAUAAACGAUGGCGUGAGUAUCAACGGAUACUUGAGAGGCGAGGAAUUCGUCGGCGAAUCGAACAUAUCAAUACCCAGCGCAAUGCGCGCAUGCCUGUCCUUGGCUCAGAGAAGCUCCGGGUCCUGCGCUCAAUGGUGGAGCGACUCAUACCUGCUGAUAUCCUCAAGCAAGGAAGAUCGGGUCCUAACACCAAAUUCGGAGUAGCUCGGAUGCUCAUGUCGUACGCCCAACGCGAAGAAUCUAUGGCAGACAUAGUUGAUCGAUUUGCGUUUGUUACACCUACCGUCGUUGCCUUGGAUGUUCCUCGACUUGUUCUUGCACCUCUGGCCUCGCCCAGCUACUCCGGUGAUAUCGCGCUUAACCCGGUCAUUCGCUCAGCCUUCUCCAAUCCCGAGUUUGAUAUUCUUCACCGUGCGAGUGUCAAACUACAGAUAGCAUUUCCGGAUUCUUCCUUGCUCCAAUACGACUGUGGAAAGCUUCAGGCACUCGAUAGACUGCUUCGUGAGAAGAAUGCGGGUGGACAUAGGGUAUUGAUAUUUACCCAAAUGACACGGGUCCUCGAUAUUCUCGAAAUAUUCCUUAAUUUCCAUGGCUAUCGGUACCUGCGUUUAGAUGGCUCAACGAAGAUCGAGCAACGGCAGGUUGUAACUGAGAGGUUCAAUGUGGAUAACAAGAUUUUUGCGUUCAUUGCUUCGUCGAGGUCCGGUGGUGUUGGUAUCAACCUAACCGGUGCAGAUACUGUUAUAUUUUACGAUAGCGACUAUAACCCAUCAAUGGAUAGACAGUGCGAAGACAGAGCACAUCGCAUCGGCCAAACCCGAGAAGUGAGCAUAUACCGAUUCAUCUCGAAGCACACGGUUGAAGAAGCCAUGCUGCGCAAAGCUAACCAAAAACGACUUCUGGAUGAUAUCGUUAUCCAGCAGGGGGAAUUUGACUGGCGUCAGGUCAUGGUCGAUGAUGUGAGGAUUGAGCGCGCUUUGGCAGAAGUGGAGGAUAAGGUUGAUGGAUGCUGCGAAGAUGGCUAUCGGUGA